CAGACAGAGAGCACAAGACGUGUUCAGUACACAGAUCCUCAGCAUCUUCGACAUUGUGCUGGGUGCGAUCAAUUCAAGGGACAAUGCUUCAAGAGUGCUGGUUUGUGCUCCUCGUCAGCCUCGUUAUGGAUGCAUCUGCCUAAGAGCGGAUUGUGCGCGGAAGUCUGAAAGUUCUAGGGGAUGCAAGCACUCGCAGAAGGUGUGCUAAGCAGAGCACUGCACGGUGGGAUUCUUCGAGAUUUGAGCGCAGCUGCUGUCUUUAGCAAGUAAAGAGAGAACAUUGCAAAUGGGAGAGCUCCCUCCAUUUCUCUAUCUCUUUUUUCCAAUCAAGCAGAGACAAGGAGCAACCUUUAGUCCUGAGGUUAAAAACGGGAGACAUCCAAAGGAAACAUAACAGAGCAGUAAAGGACGGAAAUUAUAAAAGAGGGGAGUAAUCAAGGGAAUCUAAAGCAAGAACAUUUGAAAAAAAUACAAAAAAUAGAUGAUACUAGAUUACAUUUCAGGCUGUUCUAUUAGUUUUUUUUUUGUUGUUAUUGUUUUUGGACGCUAAACUAAAAAAUAUUGGUUUUGCAUUGCUUUGCUUCAGCCUGUCUGUGGAGUGUAGGAUCACAAGCAGCAUUUUAAGGACAUGGAUGUUGCAUCUUCUCCCUCCUGUUGGCUGACCAUGAUGAACUGUUCUGUUUUUAUGUGAUCCUGCGGUGAAAAUUCUGCUGUUACAGCGGUCUUCACGUAACAACUGAGAAUUGAAAUAAAAAUCAUUCCACACAUUGCCAUUAGUGUUCAGAAGGCCUGGCAGAUUGAAAAGGCACACAUUGAGGAAAAGGCAUUUAGUGAAGAGAGAGAGAAAAAACAAGAUGGCCAAGGGGAAGAUUUCUUCUCCAUGUGAGACAUGACAGUAUGGUGACUGUUUGAGUCGAGUCAUGCUGCACACAGCCGUGUCUUGCUGGCAGCCUUUGCUGGGGCUGGCCUUAGUGGCUGUGUUCGUGGGCUCCAGUUUGGGCUGCCCCUCUCGCUGUGAGUGCUCUGCCCAGAGCCGUUCCGUCAUCUGCCACCGCAAGCGCUACACCGCCAUCCCUGAUGGAAUACCCAUCGAGACACGAAUCCUCGAUCUCAGCAAGAAUCGCAUCCAGGCUGUCAACCCUGAUGAAUUUGCUGCCUACCCACACAUAGAAGAACUGGACCUGAGUGGGAACAUCAUUUCCUAUGUAGAGUCUGGGGCGUUCAACUCUCUCUACAGCCUCCAAUCACUUAGCUUAAAGAGCAACCGUAUCAAGCUCCUCUCACUAGGUGUUUUCUCCGGCCUCUCCAACCUGACCACACUGGAUAUCAGUAACAACAAAGUUGUUAUUCUGGUGGACUAUAUGUUCCAGGACCUGCGCAACCUCAGGUCACUGGAGGUUGGAGACAAUGAGCUGGUUUACAUCUCUCAUCGUGCUUUCAGUGGAUUAUUAUCACUGGAGAGCUUGACGCUGGAGCGCUGUAACUUGACGGUGGUACCCACAGAUGGUCUAUCGCAUAUGCACAACCUGGUGAGUCUGCACAUGCGCUACCUCAGUAUCAGCAUGCUCCAACCCUACUCCUUCAAGAAGCUAUUUCACCUCCGUCACCUUGAGAUCGACAACUGGCCAUCGCUCAAUGUGUUUCCCGCUAACUCCCUGCACGGCCUCAACCUAACCACACUUUCAGUGACCAACACAAACCUUUCCACUUUCCCCUACCAGGCUCUUCGCCACCUGCCUUACCUCACGCAUCUUAACCUCUCCUACAACUGCAUACGGACAGUGGAGGGUGGCUUGCUUCAGGAACUUGUGCGAUUGCGAGAGCUGAGGUUGGCCGGAGCUCAAUUGGUGUCCAUUGAACCCUAUGCUUUCCAGGGCAUCCGUUGGCUCCGCUUGCUAAAUGUCUCCUACAACCGCCUUGAUACCCUGGAGAGGGGAGUGUUCCACGCCCCUGAGGCCCUGGAGGUGCUGUUAAUCAAUGACAACCCUCUGGUGUGCGACUGUCGUCUCAUGUGGUUGCUGCAAAGGCGUCAUUCCAUUUCAUUUGGCGAUAUCCAGCCUGAGUGCGGCACACCGGAGGGCAUCCAUGGACGCCCUUUCAAGGAGUUCAAAGAGACCCUGCUUUCCUACUAUGUGACCUGCACCAAGCCGAAGAUACGAGAAAAUCGGACACAGAUGGUGUCAGUUGAGGAGGGACAGUCAGCUCAGUUGUACUGCAGUGCAGAGGGAACCCCGCGACCCACCAUUUCCUGGGUCACACCACGUCGGCGACACCUGACCAACAGGAGCCACGGCAGGGUGACUGUCCACAUCAAUGGCUCUUUGGAUAUCAAGGCGGCUGAAGUUCAGGAUGAUGGUGUUUAUAUGUGCGUGGCCUCUAACACAGCAGGCAAUGACACACUUAUGGUAUCACUGGCAGUGAAAAGUCUGGGCUCGCUGUAUGCCAACAGGACCCAGCAUUACACAGAUAUGAGCAAUGCCACAGCCAACGGUACCAGCCUUCCCAAUGUGACCUUUGGCCUGGACCUAAAGACUAUCUUAGUUUCUACAGCUAUGGGCUGUUUCACAUUCCUAGGAGUGGUUCUCUUCUGCUUUCUGCUCUUGUUUGUGUGGAGUCGAGGAAAAGGCAAACAUAAAAACAAUAUUGAUAUUGAGUAUGUGCCACGCUCAAAGUCCAACGGGACCUCCGCUGAGGAGGCAGAACAAGGUGCUGGGCCACGGCGCUUUAACAUGAAAAUGAUUUAAGACAUUUAAAGUUAUAUCAGUGGGAAUUUAUGAAGAUCUUUAAUUAAAAAAUGGGACCUGGGACAGGACUCCUUCAAAUCAAUGCCAGGAAACUUAACAGCCCCUAAGAUUCCAUUCAGGUUUUGGCUCAGCUUGGACUUCAGUGGAGUCACAAAGGGGAUAAUAUGUGUCAAUAUUGAACCAUUUUUUAUUUGUAUGAAACCUUCUGAGUAAGAGGGGAUGUUCACCAACACUCAUCAAUUGUGUACAGAACAAAUUUGUAAAAUUCAAGUAUUAUUUGCAGAGGCGCACACGUGAUUUCUCACUGCAACCAAUGGAUGAUCAGGAAUCUGUUCUCUCAUUCAUUCUCCUGCAUAUAUGUACGUAAUGCCUAGUUAUGUAUGUGUAUGUUUACAUGUAUAAACACUUUUUUUUUGCAUUUACAAAAUGCAAUGACCGCCAAAAUUCACAUUUCCAAUGAUUUGAAGGAAACAUUACCAAGCCAUCUUAUUGCUUCUCAAACUGAUUGAGGUUGGAGGACAAAGGGCUUUAGUGGGAAGGAAAUGUUAUAUGAAGAAUGUGUGUGCCGUUUGUCUACCCCAAGUAAUUCUCCUUAUCUGAAGAAUAUUAUAUUUGUUUAUAAUCUGGGGAAAAAGAAGAGAGAUUAUAUAUUAUAAAAAGGCCUUUAACUUCAAACUCAAUUAUAAGUGAACAUUGUUUAAAUACAAGCAUUUUUAUAUGAUUUUGUUGUAAGUAUUAACAUUAACAAUUUCAAAAAUGCACCCUGUUUUGGUUGUGCUCUUGUCCAUUCUGUGACUUUAACACCUUACCUGGGAUAAAAUACAAAAUGUCUCCGUUUACAUUCAAGUCACCAUUAUUAUUAUUUUUAUUUUUCCUUCCCUAGUAAGAGAAUCUGACUUUGUUGUGGUAGUUUCUCAUUUUGUUGUUGAAUCAUUUAGAUUGUAAACAGUUCAAAAGUAAAAGAAAAAAUACAUGU